AUGUCGACCCAGCCUCUCCUCCAGUCUAGUCCAGGCAAACGCAUCGCCAUCCCCACCCGCGUCGAACCAAAAGUCUUCUUCGCCAACGAACGAACAUUCCUCUCAUGGCUCAACUUCACCGUUCUUCUAGGUGGCCUAGCAUUGGGGCUUCUCAACUUCGGUGACCGUGUUGGCCAAAUCAGCGCCGCACUGUUUACCUUUGUGGCCAUGGCGGCCAUGAUAUAUGCGCUGGUGACGUUUCAUUGGCGGGCGAAGAGCAUCCGUAAGCGAGGUCAGGGCGGGUUCGAUGAUAGGUUUGGCCCCACCAUAUUGGCAGUCGCGCUGUUUGCGGUUGUCAUUGUGAACUUUGUGUUGCGGAUUCGGGAGGGGCCGACGGGGAAGAGUUGA